GGUCUGUAGGGAAAAGAGACAGUGAGAGCAGAGCAGAGAAGAUCAGAGUUUUCGGUUAUGGACUCUUCCAUUCUUCUAUCCGACGCUUUCGUUGCCGCCCGCCUCUGUUUUGCAUCUGCUUCUUCUUCCACUCUUCCUCAGUAUCUGCCAUGCCUCCUCUCUUCUCCCUGCACUCGACCUCCCUUUCUUACUUCUGCCCUAUAUCGUCGUCAAGAUGUCCAUGACAGCUCAGCUAAGCUCCGCAAUCCCUGUGCUGUUGCUGGGAGCGGCGCUUUAAUGUCUAACUCUGUGCCGCCAAGAAAUGGAGAGUAUGUGGUGCGUGAUUUUAUGACCAGAAAAGCAGAUUUACUUGUCGUUAAGCCUAGUACAACAGUUGAUGAAGCGUUGGAGGUUCUUGUUGAGAACAGGAUAAGUGGUUUUCCUGUGGUUGAUGAUGAGUGGAAUUUGGUUGGUGUAGUUUCUGAUUAUGACUUGCUAGCGCUCGACUCCAUAUCAGGUAGUGGACUAUCUGAUACAAGCAUGUUUCCUGAAGUUGAUAGCUCUUGGAAAACAUUCAACGAGAUACAGAAGUUGCUCAGCAAGACCAAUGGGAAGGUCAUCGGUGAUGUGAUGACAUCUGCCCCACAUGUUGUUCGUGAAACUACCAACCUUGAAGAUGCUGCCAGAUUAUUGCUUGAAACAAAGUACCAUCGUUUUCCCGUUGUUGACAGCGAGGGGAAGCUGGUUGGAAUUAUUACAAGAGGAAGUGUUGUUAGAGCAGCGCUUCAGAUAAAACGUGCUAGUCAUAAAAUGGAAUAAUGCCAUUGAUGGGAAGGAGUUUUGAAGUGAACCACUUUAGCAGGUUAAUGCAGCAUCUCUGGCCUUCAUCCAGGUGGUUGUCUCAAAGAUUUGUCGGGCCACCUAGAGCAUUCAACGGACCGCAGAUUAAUGGCUCUUCCAUUUUGACCUCGUGUAUUUAUCUAUAUUUUUGCCGGAAUUUUUAUAUGUAUAAUCUCAGUUACAGAUGAGGGUUUUU